UUCCCGACCGACCGACCGGGUGCGUUCGGUGUCCGGACCAACCCAAUCCCAAUCCAACAUAGCGAGUCGGGGUCGCUGCCCCUCACCGUCGCCGCCGCGGCUUCCCCCCGCUGACCUCCGCCGGAGCUCGCCGGACUCGUAGGGUUUCUUCAGUUGUCCUCUUCCCUGCUGGAGAUCCGCACCCUAGGAAGGAAGGAAGGGAGGAAGGAAGCAGGGUGAGUUGUGGUGAUUUUGUGGUUUGGACGUGUGGUGUUCACAGUUUGGUGGGAGCUUGGAGGCAGGAGAUUUAGAAGGAAGGGUUGACGAUGAGCAGCCGAAGCCCGCCGCCGAGGGACCGGAGGAUGCGUACUGAACGCACCUCGUACCGUGACGCGCCAUACCGGAGGGACAGGGACGGCCGCCGUGGUCCAAGCAGGUCUGCUAGUGAUUUGUGCAACAACUGUAAGCGUCCAGGGCAUUUUGCUAGAGAUUGUCCAAAUGUGUCUGUCUGCCAUGCCUGUGGCCUUCCAGGGCACAUUGCAGCUGAGUGUUCUUCCAAAGAUCUCUGCUGGAACUGCAAAGAGCCUGGGCACAUGGCUAAUGCCUGCCCGAACGAAGGGAUAUGCCGCAACUGUGGUAAAUCAGGCCACAUUGCAAAAGACUGCACUGCUCCGCCAAUGCUGCCUGGAGAAGUGAAGCUCUGCAACAACUGCUACAAACCAGGGCACAUUGCCGUGGAGUGCACCAACGAGAAGGCCUGCAACAACUGUAGGAAGAGUGGCCAUCUUGCCCGUAACUGCACCAAUGAGCCCGUUUGCAACCUCUGCCAUGUUGCAGGGCAUUUGGCCCGUCAAUGCCCCAAAUCCGACGAGAUCAACGAGAGGGGUGGGCCUCCUCCCUUCCGUGGCAGCGAUGCUCUGUUCCGUGGCGGCGAUGCUCUGUUCCGUGGCGGCGAUGCUCUGUUCCGUGGCGGUGAUGCUCCCUUCCGUGGUGGCGAUGCUCCCUUCCGCGGUGGCGGUGGUGCUCUCUUCCGUGGUGGCUACAGUGAUGUGGUCUGCCGGGCCUGCAACCAGGUUGGCCAUAUGAGCCGUGACUGCAUGGGUGGCGCCUUCAUGAUCUGCAACAACUGCGGUGGCCGUGGUCACAUGGCUUACGAGUGUCCAUCUGGGAGGCUCCUGGACCGGUUCCCUCCACGCCGAUACUGAACGACUACCAAGAGCUCUUUCAGAUGACUGUUCCUUUUGAUCCAUCGUGUUGUGAAUCAUCAUUUUGACGUGCGUCGUGUUUUUGAAUGUCAAGGGAUUGAGUAUUCCAGUUGUUUCUGCAACUUGUUAGUCUCGUGGUUAUUGAAUGGCUUCUAGGGUCUUUCCAGAUCAGACUCCCUUGCUCCCUCUGUUUUGAAUAAUAAUUAUUUUCAUGGAUUAGUGAAUACCAAGUGGUUAUCUGUAAA